GGCUAAGGACGCGUCUGGGAGAAAAUUCGAAAGCGAGCUAGCAAUCACCCCAAUUUAAAACCGAUAGGGGGGUGCAGAGGAAGGGGCACGAUUCACUUUGAGGGCGGGGGGAAGCAGGAUCCUUAAAUGAGCCUUUAGGAACCUCCCGGAUGGUGGUGCUGGACCAGCCCAGUUGGCUGUUGGAGCUGGAACUCUCCUAGGACGGGGGAUCGCAUCCAUCCUGGCGCCCGGGGUCUUGGGCCGGGCCAGCGGGCUCCCUUAAGAGCACUGAUAGCACGUUUGUUGGCAAGAUGCGUUUCUGCGAACACGUCCUUCCAUCUGCCGUGUAUUCGGAAUAUGACCUCGCGACUGAACAAUGCAUCCGAAGGAACUGGACAGGGAGGAGAUGACGCUUCAUGUAACGAUGUUCAGCUCGGUGAUUUGCAAAACAACCCUUGAACAAAGAGUUAUUGGCUGGAACCACCUGUCUUUUUCACUCAGAGUGUGACCUAUUUCCCUACAAUGAGCAGAAAAUUUAAAAAAAAAAAAAAACUGAGAAUUCAGAGCCAGAACCAAGAGAAAUGAACCAUUCCCUCGACUGCCUCUCACGUCCAAAAGGGAAAGAGCGUUCACAUGGCAGGAUCACUAAAUGUAAACGAGAAAAGAUGGCUUGUUGGGUUUUAUAUUUUUUUCUUCCUCCAUAAUGUGUGUGGUAGAGGAAUGACUUGCUGGGCUGUAUCCUGGACGCCCCCUCCAGACACGUUCAAUCAAAGCCUCCACACCCCAGCAGCGGCUGCGCUGGUGACAGGGCUGCCGUGGCCGAGGGAGGGAGCCUGUUUACACCGCCACGGAAGCUUUCCCCGGCCAGAGGGGCACUGGAGCGUCCAGGGAGCCUCCCGCUGCCUCUCCGCACCAAGGCGGUUUCUUCUUUGAGCUGUAACCGGGUUGUGUAGAGUCCCACUGCCGCCGCCCACCUCCCGGCCCUGCAGGGGCUCACACACGCACACACGCUCCAAAACAAAGUCCCUCCGAGGCUGGCAGGAAGCUGAAAAUGAUCCGCGUGGACGCGAAAAGGAGCACCCAAACUGUAGACGUGGACUCCUACUCUCGAGGCUGUGUCUCAGCACAGAAGAAAAUUGUCAUUCGCAGUGAUAAAGCGCCAGCAGUUUCGAUCUUCGGUAAAAAGGCCCUCGUUUUAUGUAUGAAAAGGAAUCACAAAUUGGGAAUAAAUAACCGGAGAGGAAGACUUUCAUGAGCUACGAAGGCCAAUCUCAACAUAUUUUAUUUCAAGCCAGUGUGGGAGAGGGGAGGGAGUGGGCUCCGGCUGUGUGCUGCUUUUGCAUUUUCCACAUCUGGCCUACAGACCUAAUUCCAACUCGCGAUCUGGUUUGAUGAAAUUUGAUCUUCGUGGUUUAAAUACCUUUCAAUGUGGGAAGAUUUAGCAAUUGCAGCAGUUUAAAAAAAGCAAGCCAGCAAGCCCUGCGCGCUGUGAAUCCCAUAUGGAACGCGGAGAGGAAAGCAGGCUACAGCCAACCCCAAUGCUACCCAUUGUCUGUAACACUCACGCGCGCACACACACAUACACACACGCUUACACGCGCGUAAACACACGGGGGGUGGGGGAGGGGAGGAGACAGACGCGGAUACAGACAGACCGGAGUCAAAGCGAGUCAAGUUAAGGCUUUCUCCGCCCCUAUCCACUGGACACCCCCCUCCCGCGUUAAUUAAUUCCAAACAAAGCAAGAGUCAAACAAGAGAAGCAGGAUGGUUUUCAGGCAGAAGGGGACGAGAGGCAUGUAUUUUUAAUUGAUUUAUUUAUUUGGAGGAUAUUAAUUCUCGGCCCGAGACGGAUUUUUCAAACCGUUUGCAAAGCGCGGCUCCAUUGUUCGUCGGGCGCGCAGGCCCCGCCCCCUGCUUUGUGUGCCGCGCGCGGAUUGGCCGGCGUGCGCGGGGGCCGCGUCAGCGCCCGAGAGCCCAUUCAUCUGUGCACUUGGGCGUUGGACCCCGCAUCUUAUUAGCAACCAGGGAGAUUUCUCCAUUUUCCUCUUGUCUACAGUGCGGCUACAAAUCUAGGAUUUUUUAUUACUUCUUUUUUUUUUUAAACUACACUUGGGCUCCUUUUUUUGCGCUCGACUUCUCCACCUUUUUCCCUCCCUCCUGCGCUGCUGCUUUUUGAUCGCUUCGACUAAACCCUUUUUACCGGAGUGUAUUUAAUCGGUUCUGUUCUGUUCUCCUCGACACCCCACCCCCUCCCUCCGGUGUGUGUGCCGCUGCCGCUGCCGUCGCCACCACCGCCACCGCUCGCCCGGUCCUUACACCGACCCGAGCUCUUUGUCUCCGCUCUUGAAUCUGUUGAGUUUCUUUGUUGAAGAGGCCAGCAUGGGCGCCCAGUUUUCCAAGACCGCCACGAAGGGAGAAGCCGCCGCAGAGAGGCCCGGGGAGGCGGCCGUGGCCUCGUCGCCUUCCAAAGCGAAUGGGCAGGAGAACGGCCACGUGAAGGUCAACGGCGACGCCUCGCCCGCGGCCGCCGAGCCGGGCGCCAAGGAGGAGCCGCAGGCCAACGGCAGCGCGCCGGCCGCCGAGCAGGAGGAGCCCGCCGUGCCCGCCGCCGCGCCCGAGCGCGAGGAGCCGCCCGCCGCCGCCGCCUCCGCCGCCGCCUCGCCCGAGCCCGCCGCCCGGGAGCCGCCCGCCGAGGCCGCCGCCGCCGCCGAGCCCGGCUCGCCGUCCGCCGCCGAGGCCGAGGCCGCGUCCGCCGCGUCCUCCACGUCGUCGCCCAAGGCCGAGGACGGCGCCGCGCCCUCGCCCAGCAACGAGACCCCGAAAAAAAAAAAGAAGCGCUUCUCCUUCAAGAAGUCCUUCAAGCUGAGCGGCUUCUCCUUCAAGAAGAACAAGAAGGAGGCGGCCGAGGGCGCUGAGGCGGAGGGCGCGGCCGCCGACGCCGCCAAGGACGACGGGGCCGCCGCCGGGGCCGCCGAGCCGGGCGUCGCUCCCGGGGAGCCGGCGGGGGCCCCGGGCGCAGAGGCGGCCGAGGCGGCGGCGGGCGACGGGGGCGCGGCGGGCGCGGCGCAGGAAGCGCAGCCCGCGGAGGCGGCCGAGCAGCCCGAGCAGCCCGCGGCCGAGGCGCCCCCGGCAGCCGAGGAGCCCGGGCCGGCCGAGGAGAAGAAGGCCGAGGAGCCCGCCGGGCCCGGGGAGGCGCCCUCCGCCGCGGGGCCCGAGCCGGAGCCGGAGGCGGCGGCCGCCCAGGAGCCCGCGGCCUCGCCCGCCUGCGCAGCGCCCUCCGCGGAGCCCCAGCCCGAGUGCAGUCCGGAGGCCCCGGGCGCCGAGGCGGCCGAGUAGGCGCGGCCCCAGGAGCCGAGCGAAGAAGAACUUUUCUCCCCCGUUUGUUUGUUGGAGUGGUGCCAGGUACUGGUUUUGGAGAACUUGUCUACAACCAGGGAUUGAUUUUCAAGAUGUCUUUUUUUUUUAAUUUUACCUUUUUUUUAAGCAACAAAUUUUGAGGGUUUUUUUUUCGUUGUUGUUAUUUUCCCUCUCCCCACAGAUCCCAUCUCAGAUCAUUCUGUUCCCACCAUUCCAACAGGUGGAGGAGCGCUUAGACACCUUCCUCUGCCUUUUUUGUUUCGUUUUGUUUUUUGUUGUUUUUUUUUUUUUUUUUUUUUUUUUGCAUCAGUAUUAAUGUUUUUUGCAUUCUUUGCAUCUUUAUUCAAAAAAUGUAAACUUUCUCUAUCCAUCUAUGGACAUGCCCAUAUAUGAAGGAGAUGGGUGGGUCAAAAGGGAUAUCACAUGAAGUGAGAGGGCCACAUGGGAAAUGGGAGUGGCACGGACGUCGCCAAGAUGCUGUACCACUAGAAACGAUGGUGUAAGGCUGUCUUUUGUUUUUUUUCUUAAGAAAAGUUAUUACGAUGUAUUUUGUGAGGCAGGUUUACAACACUACAAGUCUUGAUCAAGAAGGAAAGAUUAAAAAACACCAAUACCCAGAUUUUUUUAAAAAACAAAUAAAAAACGAUCAUAGUCUUAGGAGUUCAUUUAAACCAUAGGAACUUUUCACUUAUCUCAUGUUAGCUGUACCAGUCAGUGAUUAGGUAGAACUACAAGUUGUAUAGGCUUUAUUGUUUAUUGCUGGUUUAUGACCUUAAUAAAGUGUAAUUAUGUUUUACCAGCAGGGUGUUUUUAACUGUGACUAUUGUAUAAAAACAAAUCUUGAUAUCCAAAAGCACAUGAAGUUUGCAACUUUUUCCACCCUGCCCAUUUUUGUAAAACUGCAGUCGUCUGGGACCUUUUAAACACAAAUUUUAAAACCCAACCAAGCUGUGAUAAGUGGAAUGGUUACUGUUUAUACUGUGGUAUGUUUUUGAUUAUAGCAGACGAUGCUGUCUUUGAGAAUAAAGGAGAAAAAAAUCUUCAGAUGCAAUGGUUUUGUGUAGCAUCUUGUCUAUCAUGUUUUGUAAAUACUGGAGAAGCUUUGACCAAUUUGACUUAGAGAUGGAAUGUAACUUUGCUUACAAAAAUUGCUAUUAAACUCCUGCUUAAGGUGUUCUAAUUUUCUGUGAGCACACUAAAAGCGAAAAAUAAAUGUGAAUAAAAUGUACAAACCUGUUGUGUUUCUUUAUGUCCUGACAAUAACUAAGACUUUCAGGUCUUAGGUUAAUGUUUAGGAAGAUCUUGCAUGUCACCAAAAGUAAAUUUGGUUGUGGUUUUUGAUCUGAAGUUUUCAAGUUCUGAAGUCCAUAAUCAGCAGUGUCAGAUCUGCAUUUAGUUUUCUUUUAAAUCUGAGCAUAAAUAUUUUUUAUUGUAGUGCUCUAUAGCAUGUCUGAUUAAGUCAUUUAGGAUAAAAAAGGUAUGACCCUAAGACUAUAGAGAUGUCUUAUGAGGAUACUCCGUAAAGUCAUUUUCUUGUCAUGCAGGUCCAGAAACUUAAAAAUGUGUGAGAGUCCAGGGAAUCCAGGCUGCAGAUGAGUGGUGACAAUUGCCGCUUCAGAAGCUGAUAGUGUUACCUGCCCAUGUAAUUGCUUAGCGCUUGGCUAAUUUCCAAACCGUUGCUUAGAUGUUGUGAUUUGACAGAAGAAAACAGACUUAUGUAACAAGUAAUGGUAUUGAAUGGACAGCCUCAGUUUAUGGGCCUUUUUUCCUUAAAUGAACAUGUGUUAGGGUCUUUUUAUUGUAGACAAUUUCUUAUAUAUUAAUAAUUUUAAACUAGUUUACUUCCUCUGCUCUUUACCACUCCAUAACAGAAUUGGUUUCCUCACUGGACCCUAGACUGAGUUGAAUUUUGGGGGACAGCGAAUAUCUGCUUUGCUCAAUGCAGACUUGUUCAUACCCACCUAUUUCUCUGGUUUUGAGUGAUGUGCCCUGUAGGGUCUGGGAUCAAACAGUGAAAUACACUUGUAAACCUGAAUGGUGGGUCUUCAGCUCCAUAGAAAAGGGCUUUUUGACGUGCUCUUUUCAUUCAUGAAGUACCCUCCCAAUUAAUAAAGUCAUAAUCUGGAAGGGUGUGUAUUUUUCGUUUGGGUUUCUUGAUCUUAGAGGAUAUGUGAAAGUUGAAAGUGGAAUUUGCUAACCAAAGGACUGACUUAUGGGUCUUUCCCACAUUAACCAACUUCUUCAUGAAUACCUGUUUGCCUGGUAUGUAGUAGGACUCGGUUUUUUAAAAAGGACUUAGAAAAAAAAUAUAACUCCCAAAACGAGUAGUCAGAAAUACUGUGUACAAAAUUAUUAUUAUAUAUUACUAGGUUUGUUCUCUUAACAGCUGGAAUUUAUUAAGAUGCAUUAUUUUGAUUUUAAUCACUGCCUAAAACACUUUGGGUGGACUGGUGGAGUGGUGGAUUUUUCUCCAAGUGAUUACAUGAAAUUUGACAUAUCUUUUCAUCCAAAGUUUUGUAUAUCAUGUUGUUUUCUAAUGGAAAAUGUUAAUAUGGCUUUUUGUACUACUAAAAAUAGCUUUGAGAUUAAGGAAAAAUAACUUGUAUAGUUCAGUAUUGUCUAUUAAAUCUGUAUUGGCAGUAUGUAAAAUGGCAUUUGCUAUGGUUAUAAAAUACUUCCUCUGGAUUAUAAUAAUCAUUUGAUCCAAUUCCUAUUGUAAAAUAAAGUUUUACCAGUUGAUAUAA